AUGGACCUCAACAAGCUAUCCUCCCAAGAUUUAGACAGCUUAUUCCAAGUCGGCUGUUUCUUCGUCCUCAACGAUCUUCCCGUUGGAACCCAGUUUGCCAUAGAUGGCUCGAGUUGGUUGACAGGUCCACUCUUUCAAGGUGUCAAACUAAUCCCCCCUGGGUUUCAUAUCAUCACCAUCAGUCCUGCUCCGACCAAACUGCCGCACAAUCUCGGAUCUUCAUCUUCGUCGCAGGAAACAUUCAGCGCGCCUGGGAUCGGAUACCAAGUCAAAAAGGGCCUGAUCAGAUUCUUCAAACGACAAGAAAAAGUGAUCAGACAUUUCGACGCGACACUCGAAGAUUUCAAGACAACUCAUGAUGCAGCAGAACAUACCAUCACAUCGUUGGAUUACAUGAAGACGAUCGACUCAAAACUGGCACCGUAUCCUAUGAAGGACUACGACCGAUGGAGGGCAUUGACCAAUUAUGUCACCACUGAACAAGUUUCAAAGAUCAUCGGGUUCGAUAAUCAGGAGGAUGCCUUACUCGACAGCCUCAUCUCAAACAAUGUUAGCCUAUCGUCCCAUCCACCCCCUCCGCUCUCGAACAGUCUACCAAAUCGAACUCAAUGGGGCAAGCCUCGAACUCAGAAGGAUGAGCUGCAAGUUGAUACCAACCAGCAUCCUCAAUCUCAGUUUAAAGAACGGACAACGUCCUGGCCUUUCAUCGAUUUAAAGCGCUCUUGGCCGAAGGAUGCUCUCGGGCCUGAGCUGACAAAAUGGAGCCGAGAUAAGAGCUGGUUGUUUAAUCACCUCAUGUAUCAUCAAUUCAAUAAUGAUCCGAAAGAGGUCUUGGGAUUACUCCAAUUAUCCUUUGUAACGUUCAUCGAGAUUCAAUCGAUCCAGUCUUUUGAAUUCUACCAAAGCUUAAUGAACUUAAUCGUCAAGGCAAACCUUUCCGAACUUUUGGAACUCAGCAAACCAAGUUCAGAUCAUCAAGAUAGCUCAUCAAGAACAUCGAUAAUAGAAGAAAAAAAGAUAAAUUAUUUGAGUCUGAAUUUAGACAUCAUCAAAGUGUUUAGCGUUCAAUUGAAGUUCUUGAAAUCCAAUUUUUUCUCUGAAUCGAUGGAAGAUUUUCAAAUCGAGAACUGGUUCUUUGGCGUGGUGGAUCGAUUUCGAAUGAAUUUAAAUUUUAUAACACACUUUUUGAUCAAGGAUUCUCAUGAUUUAUUCAAGCAGUCUGUUGGUGAAACGGUGGAUAACGAUAAGGAUUAUGAGCGAAGGAAACGAGGGAAUGAAGAACUCCAGAAGAGCUUGGAAGGAAUCGAUUGGCCAGGAAUGCAAGCGGAUUGCAAACGAUUUGAUUGGAAUGUCAAAGAUUUGAAGAUCCCAAUUACUCAACUGGGCAAUCCUAAUCUUUCCGAAAUUCAGGAUCUUUUAGUUGAAGAUUGCGAGGACGAUGAUGAAGAGGACGAAACAAGUGAUGAAGAGGAGGAAGAAUUCAAACCUGUCCUGGUGACUACAUAUCCUUGA